CAGUGACCUGGGCAUCCGGAGCGGUUCCACUGGCCUCAUGGGGACUCCGGGACAGCAGGCAGGCUCAGGCAGCACGUUCUGGGGCCCAGCCUGGGGACUGGGGAUGGCACCUGGCUUCCAAGGAUAGAGUUGCCUUCAGCACAUUUACACAGGCUGCGGGCAAGUUUGUCCAAAGGGAAAUAAGACUUACUAGAGGAAGCAGGAUGUGUAGCUCCUUUCCCCUGAGUAUCUAUCCAACAGAAACACCUUCAAACAGUUGUUUACGAUGUGUGAUAUGAUGAUUGUGAAGCCUAGGAUGACACGAAUUCAGAGGAAGCAAUGUGACAGCAAGACGCUUCUAGAGAAGGUGGGCAGAGGGGCACCUUCUGCUAUAUCAGUUCCUCCUCAAGGUCAGGCCAAAGCUCUCCCUCCCACUCCCUGAUCAUCACUUCUUCUCCUCUAGGAGACCUGGGGAUUCCCCACCAGAGUGGACAUUCUUGAUCUGUGAUUGGUAACACUAGUCCGGAUGAAAAAAAAGUGUUAGGUGUUCUCUUGACAAUGUGUUCUGAGCUGGGAGGAAAUACCAUGACUUAUCAAAGGAUCCAGAAUGAAGUUCCUGGGCUGGAAAGGCUUGCCGUGGGGCCAGGGAUGGGUUUGACCUUAGAUUCUGUUGCCCCUUUAUUACAAACUCCACAUGAACCUUUCAAACUGAGACAGGCUAGGGCCUGAGUUCCUAUACUGGAGUGCUUACACUUGGCACCUGGACAGAUAUCUCCUUGAAAACAGAAUACAAACAACCUGUAACAGACUAAAAAUAUCUGCAAGCACUGGGCAGUCCGGGCAGUUAUGAACAAUGAGACACAGAAAACACAGAAAUGUAUUGCUGCUUCUGAGGUGAAAGGAGAAGAGCAGGGUUGGGCGUGACCCCUGCACACAGCACCACCAAAGGGGUGGGCAGACCACCUAAGCCAGCCCUCAGUCCGCUCCACGGAUCUGUCCCCACUCUUACUCCACUGGAGGAACCAGGCCACAGAGGGCAAGCAAGGGAACCUGUGUUUUGUUCUUGCUCCUUCCUGCUGCAGCUCGAGUACCAGUUAACUCUCAUUUGAUUACUUCACCGGCCUCUUAUUAAUUCAAUUGAUGUAAGAGUCCGAGGCCCCAGGUUGGUCACAAAAUGACCCGUGUGUGGAAUUUCCAUAUCAAAAUAGAGCUGGUUGCAGAAGCAGCUGGUAUCUGGAGAACCUGACCUUUCUGAGGUUGAUUUCCCUGGUUUCACAUGUACCCAGACUUCUGUCUUUCUGCAUUGCCUACUUUGCUUAAGGCCCACACACUGCACAAGCCCUCCUGACCUGAUCUCUUCUGCUGUCCCACCAACUCCUGUCUCCACCUCACACCCAAUGCGCUGACCUUGGCCAUUUCCUGCCCAUGCCAGGUGCUUCAAGUUCUGUACCUUUGCACCUUGUGAUCCUUUUGGCUCGAUGUACUGUCCAUUCUCCUCCAGCAAACAUACUCUGUCUGCAAGGUCAUCUAAGGCGACUUCUGGGGAAAGUGGUCUUGGACAAGUCCAGGUUGGAAAGGACUUUCCCCCAGUUCACCAGGGAAGCAUGUCCCACCUCUGGAACCUCAGUCUCUCCUGGUUCCCUCAGGAUCUGGCUGAACAAAAGAUGGUGUCUACCUCACAUCACCUGCCUGACAAUGGAGAUUACUUUGUUCUCUGCCUCUGCAGCAUUCUGGAAAAGGGUUUCCUGGGGAUGAAGGUUGCAGACAGCUAGGUUAAAUUCACAGCCAGGGUAUUAUGCACCCUGACAUCUGAUGUGGUCCUUCAGUUUUGCUUAAGGGGUGGAGGUCUCUGUAAGUUGCAACUUCCCACCCCCUCCAGCUUCUGAAUGGAUUCACUCCCCUCAGGCUUUCCUCUAGUGACUCCAGGAGUUCAGGACCUCCAAGAUGUUGACCUGGCUCGGCCUUUAAGACCCUCUGCUCCCUACAGGUGAUUGGUGUUCUCAGCAUGACUCUCCAGGCUCCUAUGCAUGCCAUUAGGGUUCUGGUUGCUGCAUGGGAGCCCUCAUCAGAGGGCUUCAUGGACUAGAGGAAGGAAGAUGGAAUCUGGCUGGAUGGCUGAACACAGGGGAGUUUUGCUUGCAGCCAUGUAGCAAGGAGCAAGGUUCCAUCGAGAGAGUGGAAAAAGAGCCCCGGGACACAUCACUUCUACCACUUCCUCCCUCCAGCUGUGUCUCCCACACCCAUGCCUCCCCCAUUUUGUUCCCCAACAGGGAAGCUGAGUGUUUGAUUUGAAACAGGAGGACAGAGGCUGACACGGGCCACUUAAAAUUCAGGUUAUAACCUCAGCUGCAUCUUCUGAGCCUGGCCUGAUCACUGCCCCGCCCCAGCCUCCAACCACUGCCAACCCUCUCUCCUCGGCUGUUUGUCCUUAGUGUACAUAUAACGCGUUGACCCGAGCACAAGUCAAAGACAGGAACCUACAGACACCGAAGGAGGCACUGUGCACCCAGUUCUGUCGGUCUAUCCAUCAUGCGUGCUGCACUCCAAAUCAAGAGCCUGAAGACAGCCAGAGCUUUAGCGAUGUUCAUCUUCAUUUUUCUGUCCUUGUGGGCUCUUCUGGUGAUGGGCAGGGAGGAAGGUGGUGCUGGGAGUGAGGAGGGAGUUGGGAAGCAAUGUCAUCCCAGCCUGCCUCCCCGCUGCCCCUCCGGAUCCCCCAGUGACCAGCCCUGGACACACCCUGGCCAGAGCCAGCUGUUUGCAGACCUGAGCCGAGAAGAGCUGACAACUGUGAUGAGCUUCCUGACUCAGCAGCUGGGGCCAGACCUGGUGGAUGCAGCCCAGGCCCGACCCUCAGACAACUGUGUCUUCUCGGUAGAGCUGCAGCUGCCCCCCAAGGCUGCAGCCCUGGCCCACCUGGACAGGGGGAGCCCCCCACCUGCCCGGGAGGCACUGGCCAUCGUCUUCUUUGGCGGACAACCCCAGCCCAAUGUGACUGAGCUGGUGGUGGGGCCACUGCCCCAGCCCUCCUACAUGCGGGAUGUGACCGUGGAGCGUCAUGGGGGCCCCCUGCCCUAUUACCGACGUCCCUUUCUUACCCAAGAGUACCAGGACAUAGACCAGUUGAUCUUUGACAGAGAGCUGCCCCAGGCUGCUGGUGUCCUCCACCACUGCUGCUCCUACAAACAAGGAGGAAGGAACCUGGUCAUCUUGACCGCAGCUCCCCGCGGCGUCCAGUCAGGGGACAGGGCCACGUGGUUUGUCCUCUGCUAUAACAUUUCAGGAUCUGGGACCUACCUGCACCCUGUGGGGUUGGAGCUGCUGGUAGAUCACAAGGCUCUGGACCCUGCCCAGUGGACCAUCCAGAAAGUAUUCUUUCAAGGCCGCUACUAUGAGAGUCUGGCCCAGCUGGAGGAGCAGUUUGAGGCUGGCCAGGUGAAUGUGGUGGUGAUCCCAAACAAUGGCACAGGUGGGUCCUGGUCUCUGAAGCCCCAGGUGCCCCCGGGUCCAACUCCCCCUCUGCAGUUCCAUCCUCAGGGUGCCCGCUUCAGUGUCCAGGGCAGUCAAGUGACCUCCUCAUUGUGGACUUUCUCCUUUGGCCUCGGAGCUUUCAGUGGUCCUAGGAUCUUUGACAUUCGAUUCCAGGGAGAAAGGCUGGCUUAUGAAAUUAGCCUGCAAGAGGUCCUGGUUGUCUAUGGUGGGAAUACCCCAUUCGCAAUGAUGAACCGCUACAUGGAUCGAGGCUUUGGUAUGGGCAAGUUUGCCACGCCCCUGACCCGUGGCGUCGACUGCCCCUAUCUGGCCACCUAUGUGGACUGGCACUUUCUUCUGGAGUCCCAAGCCCCCAGGACUCUACACGAUGCCUUUUGUGUGUUUGAGCAGAACAAGGGCCUGCCGCUGAGGCGACACCACUCAGAUGUGUUUUCUCACUAUUUUGGGGGUCUUGUGGAGACUGUGCUGGUCUUCAGAUCUGUGUCGAGCUUGUAUAACUAUGACUAUGUUUGGGAUGUGAUCUUUCACCCCCAUGGGGCCAUUCAAGUCAAAUUCCAUGCCACGGGCUUCAUCAGCUCAGUGUUCCACUUUGGUGCUGCCAGAAGAUAUGGAAACAAGGUUCGGGAGAACACACUGGGCACCGUCCACACCCACAGUGCCCACUACAAGGUGGAUUUGGAUGUGGGAGGACUGGAGAACUGGGUCUGGGUUGAGGACAUGGCUUUUGUCCCCACUGCAAUACCCUGGAGCCCCGAGCACCAGAUACAGAGGCUGCAGGUGACCCGGAAGCAGCUGGAGACCGAGGAGCAGGCUGCCUUCCCCCUGGGAGGGGCCUCCCCUCGCCACCUGUACCUGGCCAGCAACCAGAGCAACAAGUGGGGACACCCUCGGGGCUACCGCAUCCAGAUUAUCAACCAACCUGUGGAGCCACUGCCCCAGAACAGCCCUAUAGAGAGAGCCGUCAGCUGGGGGAGGUACCAGCUGGCCGUGACCCAGAGGAAGGAGACAGAGCCUAGCAGCUCCAGCAUCUUCAAUCAGAAUGACCCCUGGACUCCCACUGUGGACUUUGCUGACUUCAUCAACAAUGAGACCAUUGCUGGAAAGGACUUGGUGGCCUGGGUGACAGCUGGUUUCCUGCACAUCCCACAUGCAGAGGACGUUCCCAACACGGUGACAGUGGGGAACAGUGUGGGCUUCUUUCUGCGACCCUACAACUUCUUUGACGAGGACCCCUCCAUCAAUUCUGCUGACUCUAUCUACUUCCAAGAAGACCAGGAUGCUGGGUCCUGUGAGGUCAACUCCCUGGCUUGCCUGCCCCAGGUUGCUGCCUGUGCCCCUGACCUCCCUGCCUUCUCCCACGGGGGCUUCUCCCCCUAGGUGUUCCUGGAAUGGGGUAUGUGGCUGGGGUCCCAGGGUCAGGGAAUGUGGGGAGAAGGGCUGGGAGCUGGGGAGUCUGUGCCCUCCUCUCCCUCUUCACCCUCCAGGGUCCUUUCUCUCCCUUGCCUUCCCUCCCUGCUGGGAGCAUCCUGAGCCUGUGCUGCAAGAGACAGGGUCGUCUCAGCCCUGUGGACCCCAAGCUGCUGGGUUCCUGUUGCAGAGAGCAGAGGAAUGGCCAGUGAGGAGCCUGGAAUGAUUAUUAAAGUUUUCCAAUCGCU